CUUGUUUCCCGUACUCCCCUAGGGCAUUUCCCAGGCAGUGUUCAUCGGCCAUGACUGGGGCGGUGCUGUGGUGUGGAACAUGUCCCUCUUUUACCCAGAGCGAGUGAGGGCAGUGGCUGGACUGAACACGCCCUACAGACCUGCGGACCCCAAAGUGAAUGUCAUGGAGACGAUCAAAGCCCGUCCUGUGUUUGACUAUCAGCUUUAUUUCCAGGAGCCGGGUGUUGCUGAGCUCGAGCUGGAGAAGGACCUGAGCAGGACGUUUAGGAUCAUGAUCCGAUCCAUGAGGAAGGAGGACCAGCUGCCUGUUCCUCUCAACUUCGCCAACGUCCGGGAGCGAG